AUGCUGGACCCCACCCUCCCUUGCCUGCAGGACCUGGGCAGGAAGGUGCUGCCCACGCUGCCCUUGCUGAGCCAGGAGGCAGUCUCUACUAUUUGGGAGCUUGUAUCAGAAUUUGUGCAACGGCAGCUAUCCCAACACAAGGGAGUUCAGAUUCCAGGACUUGGAACUUUCACUUUCACAAGACAAAAAAUAGACGUGGGAAACAACAAGUUUAUUCUGUUUCAGAGGCCUGUAUUUAUCAUGGCGGAGAAGUUAGUGCAGGUCCAUGGACUCAAACAAAACAAAGUACAUACUCCUGGUGAUAUCCCAGUCGUUCCACUUAAUUUUGUCGUGAUAUCCCUGGAGGGUUCGUUUAACCGGGACACAGUGGAAGGAUGCGUGAAGGAGACGCUGCUGUUUUUAUCACGAUCCAUUUCCAUCAAACAAAAUGUGGAGUUUACAUUCAAAGGAAUCGGCAUCCUCGUGAUCAAAGACGGCAGGGUGAAGAUGAGAUUUUUUAAGGAGUUCCUUAGUACAGUGGAUGGAAGUGGGGCUCUGGCAAAAGCCCUAGCAAAUAGGCCUGGCACUAUGGACUCAGUGUUGUCUAGCAGAGAGAGCCUCAGGAAGCAGCCUAACAAUGUGCUUGCAUUUCCAAGGCUUGAGCUCAAGGAGAUGGAGAACAAACCGCCUAUGGAGACCAUUGUAGAAGACGGUGGGAAGAAUAAACCGAGGAACUGCAAGUUAAAGGACCGGGCAGACCAAGGAGAAGGCGCCAGGGAGAUCUCAUCACCUAAGAAACUUCCAGAGAGAAAAACAGACUCCUGUAGCAAAGUGAAAGAUGCCAACUUGCCAAACAAGUUAGAGCAGAGUGGGAGUUGGGGGAAGAAUAUGAACCCCGAAAGCAAAUCAUCUCCAACGUGUCUAAAAAAUGCCAAUGAAAUGAAACCUAAAGUUUCUCCAACCACCAGGUGCCAGGAUCAUAAUAAGGCAGGACAGGAGAUGUGUUACGUAUGCUUGCAACGAGCACAACGGAAUUCCCCGUUGUACUACGGUGAGGAGAGGAAGAGGAGGGAGAUAGAAGAUGAACAGCUUCUACAGCAGUAUCAAAUGCUGAAGGAUCAAGAGACUUUCUUAAAAAACCAGAUGAGAAGUCUGGCCUAUAGAGAACAGAACCAAAAAAAUGCUGCCUAUAAUCUUGGAGUUGCCGAAGCUAUGAGAAUCCACAAGAAUGAAAAACCUGAAUUUUAUAAAUCCUUCCUAUUUUAUAAACGGCCAUCCAGUCCUGAGAGUAAGGCUUUAAAGCAAGAGGAACAUUUCCAAAGUCUCCUGAAACAAAUGAAUAAUAGACGGGAAAAGGAAAUAAACCAGAGAGAAAACAAGGAGUUGAUGGAACGCCUAGAACAAGUGCAACUCACAGAGGAACUUGCUGCACAAAGAGCCAAAUACAUACAAGAUAAGAUGGAAGAAACAGAGUGUUACAAGAGAGCUUUGGAUGCACAGAUAAAGCACAAGUUCCCCCAGCUGCCCAUAUCUGAGCCCGACUCCUUUAAGCCCAUCUUUGGUAAGAAUGAAAAUGAGCUGGUGGUGGAAAAGCGAAAGCGAGAUCAGAGUUACAUGAAGCACCAGCUGGAGGCAGCUGCUAGACACAAGAGGAAAGUCAUCCUGAACCAACUGGUGGACCAAAAGCGGGACUUGCUGAUGCUGCAGAAGACAAAAAAAGAGCACUUGGCAGACAGGAACGCUGAGGCGGAGAGAGUGAACAGAAUGAACCAGAGCUUACAGGAGGACUGGGAACGGAGCGCUGAAAUGAAGAGGCAGCGGGCCCUGCAGGAGAAGGCUUUCGAUCGGGCCUCAGACAAGCUCUUCAUCCUGGACCAGUGUGAGAGGUACCGGCGUUGCAAGCAGUGCCAGCGGAGCACCUCCAACAGGGGGGACAGCCACUUGUGGCCAAUGAACAAGUACCUGCACGGCUCCCGGCUGUUUGUGUGAAACUCAGAGUUUGGACCUGCGUUUCUGGGCGAAAGUUUUUAUUUUUGUAAUGUUUGAAAAAGUGCAUUGCGCGAUUUUGGUGCUUUCAGGAGCAGCUUGCUUUUUAACCGCUUACUGAGCUCCUGUAGGCAGGGUCUCCCCUCCUGUCUCCCUCCCAUCCCCACGGACCUGCUGCCGAUGGAGCUGGGAUGGGACUCGCUUCAUUCUGCUGUGGGCGUGCCGCUGGCCCAGCCCUGCCACUCCCCCUGUGACUGUGUGACACACGGUGUCUUUUCUUUAUCUGUAAUGAAUAAUGAAUAAUAAAUAUUUUCUAUAUGCCUGA